CGUAAUUACGUCACUUCCUAUUCAUGCCUUCUCAACGUAAACAGAGCAACUCCAGGGAUGUGUAACAGAUAGCAUAUGCUGCUAACCCUACACAUUCAUUGUUUUUAAUUGGCCACUGGAAACAUAGUUAAUCAUAUCAAAGCAUUAGCUGGAAAGUCCACCACUAUGGAGGAGUCGUGGGAUUUUGAGUUCUUGUCCCGCAUCGCUGACAGCUGCCUUUCCUUCCUCUCUGAGUUUGUGGACGACUGGGUAGCCAACGACAUGAGAGUGUCUAUUUUCAAAAUAUUACUGAGCUGGUUAAUUUUUAGUCUUAUUGCAAUUCACUUUGCAUGGAAGGUCUACGGGAAUACAGUAAACGAUAUGUAUUACCGACAAGGCACUGGGCAGAACGGAGGUACACCUGAUGCAGGUCCGCACCUCAGCAGCUGGGACAGUAAAGCAGGAGACAGUCCAAAGACUCAUCAGGACUAACCGGACACUGAUCUGUGGCCUUUAUCCAAGUUAGGGCCAGGCAAUUUACUCCAGAGACACUGAGUGCCUGUUGAGCUUUUUUCUGAUAAUAAAGCCUUCAUUACAUUUGAGAUGGUCUGAAGAAGGCUUGAUGUUAUAUAAUUUUUCUAGAAAUACAUCUAUUGAUCUGAUGCGUGUCCGUGUAUGCACAUGAAUGGUCAUUGUGAGAUAUCUAUCGUAUCAUACUGGCAUUGGACACUUCAGAGAACCGUCACCCUGCUUGAAAGACCAAAAGUUUAAGUUGGACGAUGGGAUCCAAUACUGAUGUGAAACAUAUUCAUCAGUUUGUGUUUAAAGUUGCUAAGAUUUCAUUGGACUGGUUUUGAAGUCAGAUAGGGUGUUGCGAUCCCAAGGACAUACACACAUUUUGGAUUAUAUUGGACUGUCACAGUGUAUGGACAAUUUAAAAUAAUAAAUUGUUUUUCCUGUGCGAGUACACUGGGUGAUAUAUAGUUGGGGCUUUUUUUAAAUUAGAAAUACUUAAUAGUAUUUGCCAAAGUCAGUAGUUAUGUGAGAAUUGUGAGAAUUAAAGUGACAGGGUAAUUUAUUGUAUAUUAUGUAAAAAAGAAAGAAAAUAAAUAA